AUGGCGAGUGGGACGUCUUCUGGUGGUGCAGCGGCCAGCGCCGCAGGUAGACUACGCCUCGACGUUCCCACUUGGGAUGGAAAGCCCGACAAACUCCUCUCGUACCGUUUCGACGUCGGGCUCUUCACGGUGAGCUACAAGCUCCCAGACAGGUACGUGGUGGGGCCCCAGCUGGUGCGUGCGCUGGGGGCCAGGACGCGCCGACUGGCGCAGGCAUGCCCUGACAUCGACAAGAUCGACGAGGUCUCAGACGGCGGCAAGCUCGACGGCUGGCAGCGCGUCUUUGAGUUUCUCCUCUCAAAGCUGGACCUGUCAAAUGUGAACGAGAUGGGGAACUCAGCUGAGAAGUUCUUCAACAAGCUGCAGCGCGAGAUCGGGGAGGGCUUCCCCGACUGGACGGCGCGCUGGGAGGCCCAUGAGCGAGACCUACUGGCGCAGCUGAAAGCGGUGGACGACGCCGUGACGGAGGUCAUCGCAGGACCUCUGCGGACGUGGUGGUACUUGCGGCGAUCGCGGCUGUCACCAGUCGCGCGCGGUGAGAUCACUGCGAUGGCGGGGGGCGACUAUGACUUCGACAAGACCUACAAAGCGCUGUGCACGAGAUACCCGCUGGAGGCACUGAAGGAGCUCGACGGGGUCCAUGAGAAGAAGGACAGGCGCUCAGGCUUCUACGGCGAGGCCGACGACAACGACGCUGAUCACAACGACGGGGACCGGUCCGAGCUCGCGGACAUAAUUGAUCAGUUGGUGACUUUGGCCGACGAGGACGAUGCUUUGGUGCUGGACGACCGGGAGGACACCGUCGAAGACGAGGAUGGCAUCUACGCGGAGUUCAAGCAGAUGGGAAGGAACUUCAAGGAUGCCCGGGACCUCAUCAGGCGCCUGAAGGUGGCGCGGGACAACUACCCUGUUCUGGCACCCCGCCCUCCUGACGGACCUCCCCGUUCUCGAGCUGCUCGGGACCCGCCUCGCAAGACACGUGCUGACGUUGAGAAGGAAUCGGUGCGUGACAUGCGCAGGAUGAGGUGCCUGGCCUGCCGCAACCUCGGGCACCAGGCGAAGGACUGCCCGGAGAGGAACAAGGCGCGAGGCAGGCCCCAGCCCAACGAGACCACCUCGUUCGCGCUCCUCGAGCUUGGAGAGCUGGUCCUCCUACUGGACGACGAGGGGGGCAUCUGGGCGAUCCUGGACUGCGGCGCUACUCCGAGCCUGAUCGGGGUCACGAUGGCGGAGAACCUGGCUUACGAAAUGAAGGAGAAGCACGACCUCAACUUCGACUCGGCGGAGCUGACGCGGUAUUUCACCUUCGGCGACGGCAAGCGCAAGAGCUCAAUGGGGACCAUGACGGGCGACAUCUUUCUCGGAGACGGGCUGGAGAAUAUCGAGCUCUCUAUCAUGGACAAUGAGGUGCCCCUGCUGAUCGGGAUGGACAUUCUCGGACCUGACCACGCCAGCGCCCUGAUCGACUGCGGGAACGGCUACCUGAUGUUACCGAAGCUCUCGAGCAACAUCGUCCAGUGCCGGAAGAUGCCGAGCGGACAUCUGGCGAUCAACGUGACGACUCCCACGUGGUGGCAGCACGUCCCUCGCAACCUUCCGAACAUCACCGAGCGGCACAGUGAGAAGGCCCUGGUGGACGUCAGCGACCUGCCUGAGGCCAAGGUCAGGACCGAGCUGACGGGCUCGGCGGAGUUUCUGUCGGGAGACAGCGACAAAAAGGGGACGCAAGCAGCUCUGAACCACGAGGACCAUGACGUCUUGCAGCAGGCUAUCGACCAGUACGACCUGAUCUACAAGAAGGAGAUCGGGGACGACGUCAACUUUCUAGUCCGUCAGGGGCGGUACGACCUCCUGGAAGUUUGCACGCCGCCUAUUUCUGCUCUGGCCCAGGCGGUGAUCGACCAGGGCGGGCUCGCCUUUCGCGCUGGAGUGCACAACGGUUUCGAUAUGGCGACCAAGACUGAAGUUCGACGCCUGGCUCUUUGGAUCCGUCCACCUCGGCCCCGACGCAUCGUGAUGAGCCCUCCCUGCACUGCAGACUGCCUACUGCAGAACUGGAACCAGAAGACCGCGGAGGACCGCGAGAAGCUGCGCAAGAAGGUGCAGAAGGUCAGGAGUAUGCAGGCUGGAUGCGAGACCCUCCUCUCCAUCGGUUUGCAGUAUCACGGGACAGAGGUCGACCUCGAGCAGCCGCAACGUUCACAGAGCUGGUCACGCUCUGCUUCUCUGCGGCGCAUCAAAGAGCAGACCUACGAGACGCUGGUGUCGGGAUGCGCCUUCGGGCUACGUUGCCCUCGCAGCGGCUUGCUGCUGCCCGAGGUCUGGAAGAUCUGUUCCACGGAUCCCCAGCUACACAAGGCGAUCGGCAAGAGGUGCAGCAACCACCCAGGCCGACAUGACAACCACGAGCACGGCGAGACCAUCGGCAGCAAGGUCGUGGCCUCGACGGCGUUCUACCCAGCUGCUCUAUGUAAGGCCUGGGCGAAGCACAUCCUUCGCGCAGGAGGCGGAGCCGCCGCGGGCUCUCUUGCACUCCUCACCUGCGACAGCACGGAGGACGAGCAGAUCGACGCGAACAUCGCCGGGGACGACGACGUCAAGCCUCAUGACCAGGCCAAGCCCGACGGGCAGAUCUACACGGACAUCGCGGGAGACGACGACGUCGAGCCGGACGACCAGGCCGAGUCCGACGACGAGCUUGACGGAGACGACGGCCAGGAGCUGGCCAAGGACGGAGGCCGUCGGAGCACCAAGGAGGAGCAGGAGAUCGAGCACCGCCUCAGCCGGUUACAUCGCAAUCUCGGACAUCCCAGCGCUCGGACGAUGGUGAAGAUCCUGAAGAACUCAGGUUCCAGCCUCCAGGUGCUGAAGAUGGCGAAGAACUUCAAAUGCCACGCCUGCAACUCUUCCGUGCUGCCGAAGGCCGGUCGGACCGCCGCUGGCAUCGAGGUCUCCGAGGUCUUCGAAGUGAUGGGGAGUGACGGCUUGGAGUGGACAGACCCCAAGGACGACGCGAUCAACCUCUUGACUCUCAACCUUGGCGAGGGGUCCGGUCUCACGCUGGUGACCAAUCAUGGCGACAAGUCCCAGCGUUCCGGCAACGGGUCCGCCGCCGACGUUGUCGAGACCUGGCGCUCCUGGGCCGACCACUACCGUGCCCCACGGCUUAUCCGAUGUGACGCCGAGGGAUGUCACAGUGCGGAGUUGACCUAG